GAACCAUCCUUCAUCUUCCUUCCUAACACCCUGCUAACCUCAGACGUUCUCCCCAACUUCGCGGAGAUUAAGACUCCAAUACCACCCCCAGAAGGAACAUGCUGUCGUGAGCUCCGCUAGAGAAGGGUGAAGACGAUUUUGCUGCGGGAUCUAUGGCCAAGGUCGGGAGGCUGUUUGGCCUCGUGCUGAGGCUCCUCGCCUUAGGGGCGACCAUGUCGGCAGCCAUCGUGAUGGGGACGAGCCACGAGAGGGCCAGCGUCUUUGCCAUAUCUUUCGAAGCCAAGUACAGCGACAUUCCAUCCUUCAAGUACUUUAUGAUUGCCAAUGCCGUCGUUAGCGUCUACAGCUUUCUGGUCAUCUUUCUUCCAGCAGAGACCUUGCUUUGGAGACUAGUUGCUGCAUUUGAUAUGGUUGUCACCCUGCUACUGACUUCAAGCGUAUCUGCAGCGCUGGCGGUUGCUCAAGUGGGUAAGGAUGGAAAUGUUCGCGCAGGAUGGCUACCGAUUUGCGGCCAAGUCCCCAAGUACUGCAACCACGUGAGCGGAGCUCUAGGUGCCGGUUUUGCUGGGCUCAUAUUGUAUGUGAUGAUUCUCCUUCAUUCCGUACACACUGUCCUGUAUCCUCUCCUAGAUUGAGGGAUUUUACCCCCAGCAGAACUGUGUAUUUGAAGCUACAAGAAUUUUUGCUUGGCCUUCAGUUUCCCAGCAUCCUUUCCCGGCAAUCUAGAUCGCUAGAAUUAAAAAAGGAUCCCUAUCAAGGAUCAACCAGUGUGUUACAUGUAUCUGCUUUAGUGUACUUAUUCUUAUUUGAACGAAUAUGUCCUUCACUUCCAUUA